GUCUGUUCUCACACGCCCCAUCGACACACACACAUACACACACACACGCACAGAAUCGUGGGUCUGCUGCCCUAGAUGCUGGCGCUUUGUUUGUCUGCAAGCGAGCAAGAUGCUGAUGUCCAGCGGCCCCAGCACAGGGCAGACCUGCGGUUUGGUGCUGAUCUUCGCUGUGCUGCUGCAGUCCAUCUGCGUGGCAAUUACUUUCAUUUAUUUCACCAACGAGAUGCAACAGCUCCGUAAUACUUACUCCAAGAGUAGCUUGGCUUGCUUCACCAGAGAGAACUUUUUCCUAGAGGACCUGGAUCCAAAUUACAAUGAAGACAGCGACCCCUGCUGGCAAGUCAAGUGGCAGCUCUCCAGAUUAGUUAAAAAGAUGGUAGACCGGAAACGAGUAGAAGAGGCAAACUCCUCAGCACAAGGUGGUGCUGCUCUAGGUUCUACUGCAACGGAAAGAGAUGUGUCAGAAAAUGCUGUACCCAGAGUGGCCGCUCACGUCACUGCGAGCAGGAACAGGAAGAGUGCUCUAAUCACACAAAAUUCCUCGACCACAAAGCCCCUGGGCUACAAAAUAAACGCAUGGGAGCAAUCGAGAAGAGGCCAUUCUUUCCUCUACAAUGUAGGGUUGAGAAAUGGGGAGUUCAUCAUACCGCAAACAGGCUUCUAUUAUAUCUACUCUCAAACUUAUUUUCGGUUCCAUGAACUUGAGGGUGAAGAACUCGAUGCAGAUCCAGAGUCUGACAGCGUCAGGAACCCUAAGCAACUGGUUCAGUACAUUUACAAGCAAAACGACUACUACGACGACCCCAUCCUACUCAUGAAAAGCGCAAGAACUAGCUGUUGGUCUAAAAAGGCAGGAUACGGACUUUACUCCAUCUACCAGGGCGGAGUGUACCAGUUACAAUACAAUGAUCGGAUUUUUGUCACUAUCAGCAAUCAAGAGCUGGUGAACAUGGACAAAGAGGCCAGUUUCUUUGGAGCCUUUCUGGUCUCUUAAAAAAAAAAAGAGAGAGAAAGCCUUUAAAAAAAUUAUGGAAGAUUGGAAGAAAUCUAGAGAUUGGGUUUUGAAUCACAUAAAGAGAAAGCUUACUGUACUGUUUUACUUGGAGUAGCUGGGCAGACAGCUUACUGACCAGAAUUGAGAGUUUUGGUUUUGCAAAGGAACAAAUGAAAGUCCCUAAAAAAGAAUGAGACGUUAAUGACUGGAGUGCCACAUAACAAAGUGCCUGAAUUAUUUUCCGGAAAGAGUUAUUUUGGAGGGCCCGGAUUGUACCAGCCCUGGUCCAGAGAACCAACUCAACCACAGGAGACUGCAUGCAGCCCACUGUAGCUGCAGAAGAAUGUAGAGAGGUAUGUGUUACUGUGUGGCAGUUUUCAAUGUGUUGUAGCACAUUGCAUCGGUUGGACUGGGCCUGUGGUCUUUGAUAACAAGAGCGUUCAAGGUUUGGCUGAAGUAGUUGCCCUUCUUCAAGCCACCUGCAUUGCAAACCUCUCACAGCAAAAAUAUGAGAGCUGAGCCACACAUCCAGAAAUAUCACACGGAAGAGCCCUUCCAGGACUGUACCACUUCAGACUGAGGGUGGGGGGAUAAUCACGUACGGGUUGGCUAAACCCUUCCCCCUGAGUUGCUAAGGUUUGCACGUGCACAUUUUCAUGCAGGGGGAGUGUUCAAACACAUGCCUCCCCUUUAUGCAGUGUGAAGUGGUACAGUCCCAGGAGGGCUGUACCAUGUGAUAUUUCCAAACUUGCUGCUCCUCAAUCAUAUUGAGAAGUCUGCAGGAGAGCAGAGAAUAUACUUCAUCUUCUAAUUUUGCACACUUGAUAAUAUUGAUCCAGUUGAUCAGAUUACACUGAGGUUGGAAAAGUGACUGAAAUCACCGGCUGCAAGCUGGUGUCCAUUUGUUGAACAUUUCCCUUUAAAGUAGAACUCCUCUAAUCUACAUGGGAAGCCUUACCUUCAUUUAUUUUUUAAUUACAUAAUAGCAAAAAGCCAAAAUCCAUGGCAAUAUUCUUCGCACAGACCUUCUGAAUCUAGUGAAGCAUGAAUACUGGAUAUAGAGUUGCCAUUCACAGCAGCCUGAGCUCCAGAAAUCAACAGAUGGAGGUGGUUUUUUUUUUAUCUUGCUGUUAAAGGCCAAGGAGCAAGGCACAGUAGGAAUUACAAAAGCCCUGUGCAGGUGUUUGCCUUAACUAGGGUGACCCUAUGAAAAGGAGGACAGGACUCCUGUAUCUUUAAUAGUUGUAUAGAAAAGGGAAUUUCAGCAGGUGUCAUUUGUAUGCAUGCAGCACCUGGUGCAAUUCCCUCUUCAUCACAACAGUUAAAACUGUAGGAGCCCUGCCCUCUUUUGUGUCUGGUCACUCUAAUGUAGCUAGAGGGACUCCUGCAGUUUUAACUGUUGUGAUAGAGAGGGAAUUUCAAAAGGUGCUGCAGGCAUACAAAUGACACCUGGUAGAAUUCCCUUUUCUAUACCACUGUUAAAGAUACAGGAGCCCUGUCCUCCUUUCCAUAGGGUCACCCUAGUGUUCUGCAGUGUGUAACUAGAGCUGUGCCAAGGUAUUUGGCACGGUGUUUUUCAGAAUUCCAUGGGGAGUAGAGACAAUUGACUCAACCAUUGUAGGGCAGGUGAAAUUCUAGCACCUUUUGGAGGAAGGGUCUUACAAAAUACGAGGUACCCAAAGCUAUGGCUGUGGUGGUGCCUCCAGUUGGAUUUCUUAAAGGUACCAUGUUGUUCAUGGAGGCAUUGGGCUCGAUCCAAACUUUGUCAUAUUUUGAGUAGACCCACUGAAAUCAAUGGGAUGUAGGUUAGUCGUGAUUCAGUCCAUUCUGUUCCUCCCAGAUAACAGAGAAAGAAAUAACCCCGCCCUUAAGUACCUCAUAUUUAGGUUGGACGUUUUCUCCUGAAAAGUGUUACAAUAUUUUUUUUGUCUGCCCUGUGCAAGUUGCCAGAAAUGACCUCCCUCAUUUUCAUGAACAAUCAACCAGGGUGCAAAUGUGCACAGGUUUUAUUUGGAGUUUUUUGUUGUUGUUUGCUUGCUUUUAAAAGAAAUACAUUUGUAGCUCAGAGACAUGUGCAAAGAGUCUUCCACAGUUCCAUACCCCAAGAUUGAUAUUUUUCUUACUGGUUUCAUUUUGU